AUCAAUCCUUCGUUACGAGCGAAGCCUCUGAAACUCAAAGGCGCGCCGCGCAGCAGCGGAAAACCCAAAAGGGGAAUUCCGCGACACAGAGGCGCGGCCACCGCCCAGCAGCAACUGUUCCGCCUCCCGCCGCCGCCCGUCGGGGAGCGUAAGCCAUGAAGUUCAAGGCCUUCUUCACCGACGACGGCAUCGCCCUCCUCGACAAGCGGUUCCUGCCGGCGAUGGACAAGGUCGGCCGCGUGUGCCACGUCUACCUCACGCCCACGCACGCCAUGCUCCUCCACAACCUCCUUGGGCCCACGGGGCCCGACGGCGGAGGGCCGCAGUGUGUCGCGCAGUUCGCCAAGGGCCUCCUCUUCCGAGAGUACAGCGUGUCGUCGCGAAACGGCAACCGCGUAGCCUUCGCCGUCGACGUCGCGCUGCUCCACCGCGCCCUCCGCAGCGCGCUCGCCGUCCACGCCCAGUCGCCGGCCGCCGGGGACGCCUCAGCCGCGAUACAGGUGAAGCUCGUCAACAAGCUGCCGGCAGGGUCCCGGUCUGCUUCUCCGUUUCUCACAUUCGAGACCAAGGGAUCCCGCGCUGCUGUCGUGCAGGACGUGCCAAUCUCGCGCCCUCUUUCACGCUCCGACGUUGAGCGGCUGCAGGCUGCCCUUGACGCUGCCCAAGAGCUCCCUCAGACUCUAGUCCAGGUUCCAGAUCUACCACAGUUACAGAGUUUGGUUGACCGUCUUAAAAAUGUCGGCGAUCUUCUGACAGUAGCUGUUACUCAAUAUGGUGAUCUACACCUGCAUGUUGCCACUUCUCUUGUUACUGUUGGUUCAGAAUUCAGGAAGCUCCGUAUUCUUGGUGUUCGUGCAACUGCACCUGUCGGUGAUCAAAAUUUGAGUGCUUCUACUCGUACUGAUAUGGCAAUCGAGAGAGGCGAGGCGCUCUCUGUGCAAGUGAACAUGAAGCACUUGGCUAAAAGUCUACAGUGUCAUUUGGCUAAACCUGACUGUACCUUUUAUGGUAUUGCCCCUGGUGGUGCUUGCUUGACUGUGAUAUUCCAGUAUUUCAUUCCAGGAACUAGAUUAACGGACAAAUCCAUUAGCUUCUACUGCAGGCUUCCGGUCCUUGACCCUGGCAGUUAAAGACAUUACAGCGUGGUAAUUACUGACUUGCCUCUGAUAUUAUGUAAGAAGAUUAUUCAAUAGUAAGCAUUUUCAACGGCUCAUUCAAAUUUGAUCAUCCAUAUUGCCAUUUGGAUGUCCAUCUAAGAUAGAUUUUCUCUUCAUAUCAAUUAUCACUCUAACAGAAU